CCUCUAUUGGUGCCUGAAACCAGUUUUAGCCAGAAACUGUAGCAUGUGGUCUCUCUGGAAAAAAGGAAGGGGGUAAAAGUACAAAUGCUACACAAGUGUAGGCAGCUAGCCUGGCUCUGCCUGGUUGGUGCUUUGUGCUGCAGUCUCAAGUGACCACUCUCCAGAUUCACAAAACAGGGAUCUGUGGACAUUUAGAGGUGUCAGCAUGGCGUGUUCCAGUGGGGAUAUGAUGCAUGUGGUGAUAGUGGGGAUUAUACUGGGAGUGGCCUGUUCAGGUCAUGGUGCCAUCCAACACCCUGACUAUGAUGACACUCCCACACCAGAGUUUCUUAACUCCUCCUGGAUGGCGGAUAUCCCCGAGAACCAGCCCCUGUCUGAGGUCACUAUGCCAGGCACCCACAACACCAUGGCCUUUUACGGUGGCUCCCUUGCUCAGUGCAACUCCUGGCCCCUGGCAAGCCAACUCCAAGCUGGCAUUCGCUUUUUAGAUAUACGUGUACGUCACAUACGGGGAAACCUCACCAUCCAUCAUGGCAUCUCCUACCAGUGGGCACACUUUGGGGACGUGCUAGAGGGCAUAGUGGCUUUUUUGAAGCAGCACCCCACUGAGACAGUGCUGAUGAGGCUAAGAGAGGAGUUGAGUGAGACUGGAGAUAUCUACGGGGCUGUGGUACGCUAUGUUCAUCAAUAUGCUCACUGGGAUCUGCUCUGGCAUAGCCGGCUGAUGCCAACCAUGGGAGAGGCAAGGGGCAAGCUGAUUGUCCUGCAAGACUUCCCUGGACCUGACCUGGGCAUGCGGUACCGAUCACUGGAUAUUGCUGAUUACUGGCAGGUGUCCUCUCUCCAGCCUGAGCAGGUGGAUAAGAAAUGGAAGAACGUCUACACCCACCUGGAAGAGGCUGUGGUGGGCAACAAGGCCCGUAUGUUCCUCACAUAUGCCAGCGGCGCCAGCAUCUUAGCACACCCCAGUGCCCUGGCCAAGCGCAUUAAUCCACGUCUGUAUGAGUACUUAAGUGGCCAUGCAGGCCAGAGGAAGCGCUUUGGCAUCAUCACAAUGGACUUUCCAGGAGCCAUGUUAGUGAAAACAAUCAUUGACUUCAACUAAGGAGUAGAAAGGGUGAAAUAAAACAGGCAUGGACAAUACUGAAUGAGUGGAAAAACAAUAUAUCUUUUCUGUGAUGACAGUGUACCCUUGUCAUUGGAGAUCUUUUGAACCCUGCUUCAUUGCUUUGUUCAAGAAAAACUUGUCUCCAAAAACUAAUCUCAAAAUUGACUGUGAAAUCAUUCAAUUUCAGCAAUUGAGUAUAUUGUCACUCUCAAAACAAUAACCUUUUAUUUCCACUUUUGUUGUUGACCUACCCUGUCUACUAAUACUAAAAAGGUACUAUACUAAUUAAAAAUUACGCCUCAGGUGUGGAAAAUACUUGAGUGAAAGUGCUUCAUAACAGUCAUGUUUUUCAGGAAGAUCUGUAUUUCACUCAAGUACUACUAAAAAACUGAAUACUUGUACUUUCACUCACUCAAUUACAUUUCCAAGA